AUGAAUCCUCCCUCGAAUGAUGAUGGUCGUCAAUUGACCCAUCUUGCUCAACCUAUCAAAGAAGAACUUAUCGAAGAAGAAUCACAGACUCAUGUCAUACCAACUCCACCACAACAUUCCACCAACAAUGAACAAGUCAUUCCAGAUACACCUAGUAUUGUCAUUAUCGAUCCUUCUCCUCAUCCCUUACCAAGUACUGAUAACUCUUCAAAUAGUGGUGUCUUUGAUCAUUUGAAUACUACAGAUAAUAAUAAUACCACUGACACUAAUACUACUAUUAAGAAUGAUAAUGAUAAUAAUACUAAUCCUACUACAAAUAAUGACAGUCGAGACGAUUUUCCCAAAGACAAUGAACAAAUUGUUGCACUCCAGAAAUUUAUUCAUCAAAGUUCAUACAGUUUAGAUUCAAAUUCACAACAUUACCACAACUUUAAUAUUCAACUCAUUCGAGCAGGAAAUGGAUCAUUGGCUCAUGUCUCUGCUGACAAUUCACCUGCCUCUACAAUGGACAAUUUAUCACUCAUGAGUCAUGAUCUUUCAGAGGAGGACCAACAUUUACCUCCUCAAAUGGUUCCAACGAAUUCUUCCACUUGCAAUGGUUCAGAAUUAGUGGCAUUGGAUGUGAGUGAUGUUGAACAACAGGAGGAACAAGCUUCUUCUGUUGAUGUGAAGGAAUUAGAAAGAAUGAAAAAAAGAACCAUUUGUGUAUGGAUCUUGGUGGCAUGCUGUUGUUUUGUGUAUUUAUGUGUGGUGGGAGGAUUGGGUUAUUUUAGUGGAUUUGCGAUUGACAAGUCGGUACAUGCAUUUACAUAUUUUAAUUUGAGUUUUAGUAGUAAGAAUGAAUGUAAUUUUGAGAGUGGACUAAAGUACAAACAUUAUAGUUUGAAUAAUACCAUUUUCAAGACAUGUAGUAUUCAAAAAGUAUUGGAAAUUGAUGUCAAUAAGGACUCGUUUGAAAAUAGUGAUAAGUUGACAUUUUUCUAUCUAUCCACUACACCGAUGGAUAUUUAUUAUUUCAAAGAAUUGUCAAGUUUCAGGACCUAUAACUCAACUGGAUAUCUUGAUCCUACCUCUGUCAAUUAUUGGCUAAAAACUCAAGGCCAAUAUGGAUUCAAACAAAUUGGACUUUCCAUUAUUGACAACUCCACCGACGUACAAGUGAAUUCCAAUUAUGGUGUGCGAGUUGUUGUGACUUUGAAAAUGCUGACCACAGAGUCGACCAAUUCAAGCACUCUCUUAAAUUCACUAACCACUCUUUCAGAGUCAUCGAUGGAUGAUUAUCAAGACUACAACUCGACCUCAUUUCCCUUAACAUUCCAAGGUUCUUAUUAUAUUGAAAGUUACAUGUGUGAAAUUACCUUGUACAUGACAGGUGUGGCUCUUUCAUGGCUUUUUAUUCUCUUGACAACUCUGGUCCUAUUGACACGAGUGAAACGUGCAAAAGAAGCUAAGGAGUUGGGAGCCUUUCUUCCAUUCUCAAUAAGGAAAUUAUUUGGUAUUUCACAAGAACCUUCAAAGAAGAAGGAAAAAACAAAUGAUCACAAGAGCGAUCGAAAGGUUGGUGUGAAAUUAGAAUACGAACGAUUGACCUUUCAAGAUUUUUCUGGAAGUACACAUCUUCAUGAAACUUCGGGAGAAUUUCUACCAUAUACGCUUACUGCACUCUUGGGAGAGAGUGGAUCUGGAAAGACAACCUUUAUCAACUCUCUCAGUAAACGCACAGGUCGAGGUAAAAUUGGAGGACAUGUGGUUAUUGGAGGAAGAAGUUUGAACUCUGAAUCCAUGAAACGUUUGAUUGGUUUUGUACCACAAGAUGACACAAUGAUUCCAAUCCUCACACCGAGAGAAACCUUGUUUUUCAAUUCCUAUGUUCGAAAUUCAGAUUUGACUCUCCGAGGUCAUUCUGAAAUUGUGAAUAAGGUUUUGAGAGAUUUGAAAUUGAUCAAGAAAGAUUCAGAUGUGUCAAAUACUAUUAUUGGAAAUGAAGAAAAGAGAGGGAUUAGUGGCGGUGAGAAGAAGAGAGUGAAUGUUGGCAUUGAAUUAGUGACUCAACCACCUGUCCUCAUACUGGAUGAGCCAACAACUGGAUUAGACUACCUUACUGCGAACAAACUCUGUAAAAUUCUUUUAGAAAUUUCAAAGACAGGGAAGACAGUUAUUUGUGUCAUUCACCAACCUGCUUAUGAAACAUUCUGUCUAUUUACAGAUCUCAUGGUUUUCAAAUCCAAGCAUGUCGUUCUCAAAGGAAAAAGACAUGUUAUUUCUCAUGAGAUUGGUCAUAAUUAUUUGAAGUUGAAUCGUUGUGCAAUCGCAGACGAAAUUUUGGAAUUUGUUUCAAACACUUCCUUUGAAAUUCUGAACGAUUUGCAAGUGAUGGUUGAAGCACGCUCCACAAAGAAACACUCAGUGAGUACUGAACUUGAAUCAACAAAUUCUACCGAUCAAGUUGAAAGCAAGUCCAUCUCACCAGAGGAGUCUUCUACAAUGAAAGACAACAAAACAGAAUCUCGAAAAACACGAGUUCUUUCUGAAGCCUCUCGUCCCAAAGAUGUUUCUCCAUUCUAUAAGCAGUUCAUUGCACUUUUGGUGAGAGCAUUCAUACAAUUGUACAGAGAGUGGUUCAAUUUGGUUGUUGAUGGUUUGUUGAACCUAGUGGGUGGUUUGUUAAUUGGAAUUCUCUUAUUGAAUGUGAGAGCAGAUUUGUUCCAGGGUCCUGUCGACAAGUCCAUCGUAUUGCAAUGCCCCACUGAGAAGCUCUCUGUUUGUGCACUGCCUCAAAAAGAUUAUGUCACAGCUUUGUCAAGUUAUGUUAUUCUUGGAGUAUCCUUAGCUGGGGCAAUGUCUUCCUUAAGAAUAUUUGGAAAGGAGAAGGCAAACUUUGUCAGAGAAUCUCAAAGUGGUGUCAAUUCAUUCAUGUACUUUUUAGUGAAGGAUUUUCUGGCUGUCAUUCAAAUGUUGAUUGUAUCCAUUUGCUUUACUCUCUCGUUUUACUAUAUUGUGUUACCAAGGGCGUCGUUUUGGGUGUACUUUUCCAUCUUCCUAUUGCUGAAUUUCACUGUUUUCCCAAUUGCUUAUUGUGUGUCUGUUUCGGUGCGGCAUGAGCUUCGACAACUCACUUGUGCCACCAUUAUAUUUGUGGGCUACGUUUUUUGUGGAAGUACACCCUCUCUCACAAGUAUCAAUGAAAUGUCAGAACCUUUGCCAUUCUUCCCUUUCAUAUCCCAUGCUCGUUACGUGAGAGAACUUAUUUAUCUUUCAGAGGUUCUACAUUAUCAAAGCGAUUAUAUCAUUCUGAAUAGUUUUAACUUGCUUAGUUAUCAGUAUGACCAUUGGGGUUACUUGUUGUUCACAACCAUAUUCUUUGCAGUAACCUACCGUGUACUUGCAUAUGUGCUGCUUUGGCAAUCGAGACCUACUUCAUUUGUGAACAAGGUGUCAGCUGUAACCAAGUCGGCAUAUUCUCGAGUGAUUGCUCCUAUCAAAUUUGUUCAGAGAAAAAUUAGUACCUCUCUUCAACGUAAAUUACAAGAACGGUUCGGUGAAUAA